AUGACGAAAAUAACCUUUACUUCGUGUUUUAAAUGCCUCAAAUAUUCCAUGUUUGUAUUUUGUUUGAUAGCAUGGGUUCUUGGUUUAAUCACAUUUAUUGUUGGUAUUGUGGCUCGUGUAAACGGUAGCUUUGGAAUUUUAGAUGCACAUAUACCAGCUGUUCAUGCAGGUGCUAACUUACUUAUUGCUGUCGGGUUUUUCAUUAUGAUAAUGGGUUUCUUUGGUUGUUGUGGUGCCAUUCGUGAAAGUCAAUGUUUACUGUUUUUAUUCUUUGCAUUUGUAUUCUUUUGCUUCACUCUGUUAAUGGCAGCUGGUUUAUGGGCUGUUGCAUGGUCGUCUAAAGUGAAUCAUUACAUGUAUCGUUAUUUAGAAGAACAAGUGACCCGAUAUCGUGAAACGGAACCAGAAAAUGAAAGUACAAAAUUAAUGGAUUUUAUACAAAAGAAAUUCGGUUGUUGCGGUGUUACUUCAGCAGCUGAUUAUGGCACAAGAUCCCCACCUAAAAGUUGUACAGUAACAAAAUCUAUCCAGUCAUAUUCUAGGGGUUGUCACGAAGUACUCGUGGAGGCAUGCAGAUCUAAUUUAUCUGUAAUAUGUGGAAUCGGGAUUAGUUUCGCUUUGAUUCUUAUAUCUGGGAUGGUGUUCUCUAUGAUGUUGUGUUGUGCUAUUCGUGAACUCAGUUGA